CGAAACACAAGUACGCAAAUACGGUUGCGUGAAGCGUGGCUCGAAGUCGUGCAAUUUACGAGACUCGCUCGAACUGUAGAUCCUUGUCAACUCCAGCCAGUGGCUCCCAUAGUGGCUCCAAUCUCCACUCCAAAUGAGAAAAAAAAAAAAACAAAACAAAUGAGAAGCGUCAAAUCAAAGAGUGAAAGAGUCAAGUCAAAGCGAUUAAUGCGAACGAACAGAACAGUGAAUGACAGUGAACAGCGAAGCCACGCGAAGCCCUAUUCCAGAAUUCUUUUGGCUUCUUUUUAAAUAUUAAUAUAUUUCCUAAAUAUUAUACCUACCAAUCAAAUGGAAGUAAGUCAAGAAGUUAUGGAGAAUACAUGUAAAUUAGAAAUAGAUAAUAAUGAUGUGAAUGAUCAUGAUGCUCUUCUGCUUACCUUUAAAACUGAAAUUAAAGAGGAACCGGAGAUAGAUACCACUAAUUCUGAUGAUUUCAACUAUAAGAAACAGCUUGUAAAGACAGAAAUAGAAAGCAAUGAAGAUGCAGUUUGUCUCCUCCAAGUAAAAGAAGCACAUGAAAGUUUCAAAUGUGAAGAUGAUACACUAACUGACGAAAAUAACGAAUUAAAAAAUCAUCUUAUAAAUAACCAAUUGAACCAAUGUACAACUGACGUUAGGAAAGUGACUAUUGCCGAAAAAUCUUUUCCGUGUGAAAAGAAAAAUUUUAGAAGAUAUUUGAUUGUUCCCACCGGAGAAAAAGUUUUGAGAUGUGAAAUAUGCACAAAACAGUUUUCACAAAGUUCCUACUUGAAAGUUCACUUGAGAAGACACAGCACUGGUAAAAAACCAUUUGGAUGUGAAAUAUGCAGAAAACAGUUUGUAACACAUAAUGAGUUAAAAUUGCAUAUGAGAAUUCACACUGGUGAAAAACCAUUUGGAUGUGAAAUAUGCACAAAACAGUUUUCAAGAAGUGACUACCUAAAAGAUCAUAUGUUGAGAAGGCACACUGAUGAAAAACCAUUUGGAUGUGAAAUAUGCACAAAACACUUUGUGACACAUAAGGAGUUAAAAUUGCAUAUGAUGGUACAUACUGGUGAAAAACCAUUUAGAUGUGAAAUAUGCACAAAACAGUUUUCACGAAAUUCUGAUUUAAAUAAACAUUUGAAAAUUCACAGUGGGGAAAAACCAUUUGAAUGUGAAAUUUGCACCAAACAGUUUUUGCGAAAUUCUGAUUUAAAAAAACAUUUGAAAAUUCACACUGGAGAAAAACCAGUUAAAUGUGAAGUUUGCACCAAACAGUUUUCAACUAAACAAGUUUUAAAAUGGCAUAUGAGUGUGCAUACUGGUGAAAAACCAUUUGCUUGUGAAAUUUGCACUAAACAGUUUGUAACAAAUCAUGCGUUAAAAGUGCAUAUGGCAGUACAUACUGGUGAGAAACCAUUUGAAUGUGAAAUUUGCACCAAACAGUUUUCAAAGAAACAGGUUUUAAAAUUGCAUAUGAGAGUACAUACUGAUGAAAAACCAUUUGAAUGUGAAAUUUGCACCAAACAGUUUUCAACGAAACAAAUUUUAAAAUUGCAUAUGAGAGUGCAUACUGAUGAAAAACCAUUUGAAUGUGAAAUUUGCACCAAACAGUGUUCAACGAAACAAGUUUUAAAAUGGCAUAUGAGAGUGCAUACUGAUGAAAAACCAUUUGAAUGUGAAAUUUGCUCCAAGAAGUAUUUAUAUAGUUCUGAUUUAAAAAUACAUUUGAGAAUUCAUACUGGUGAAAAACCAUUUAGAUGUGAAAUAUGCACAAAACAGUUUUCAAGAAGUGCUACCUUAAAAAGGCAUAUGGUGGUGCAUACUGAACCAAAAACCAUUUGAUGUGAAAUAUGCACAAAACAGUUUACACGAAGUGCAUACUUAAUAAGACACAUAGUGGUGUAUACUGGUAAAAAACCGUUUUGAAUGUGAAAUAAUUAUACCUAAACCUUCUUCUCCUUUUGGUGCCUAUUCGUUUCGAAUAUUGGCCAUCAUUCUGGCUAUAAUUAUUUUAUUAACUGAUCCUUUAAAUAGAUUAGUUGUUGUGGAGAACCAUUUCUUCGGGUUCUUUAACCAUGAUAUUCUUCUCCCAAUUCCUCGCUUUCCGAAUACUUUGCCUUGAAGGAUUACUUUCAGUUAUCUGUAUUUAGUACCAUUUCUCAUUAUGUGUCCGAGAUAUACUAACUUUCUCCUUUUAAUAGUAUACAUCACCUCUCUUUCUUUCCCCAUUCUUCGUAAUACGGUCUCGUUGGGUAUCUUGUCCGUCCAUGAUACCCUUAGGAUUCGCCUAUAUAGCCACAUCUCGAAGGCUUAAAGUUUUUUCUCCAUCACUUCAGUGAGUGUCCAAGAUUCAACUACGUAGUAUAAUAUUGAUAGGAUAUAACAUCGUAGGAGCCUUACUUUUAUCUCCAGAUUAAGGUUGUGACUUUUAAAGAGUCUGGCCAUGUUAUUGAAUGCACUCCUAGCCUUCUCUAUUCUACAUUUUAUUUCUUGAUCGCUUCCGUUGGUUCAUCUCCAAGAUUUGAUAGAUACCUAAACCAGUUUACACAAAAUGCUCACUUACAAGUUCACAUGACAAGGCAUACUGGAAAAAGACCUUUUGCAUGUAAAAACUGCAUCAGGCUAUUAUCAACAACCACUCUGUUAAAAGAACACGUGAAAAUACACAUAUUACAAGCAACACAUAAUAUGAAAGCUAAUCCCAGACGGAACUGUCUAGUAAAUUUAGUAAUUUUCUUUUGCAAUUUUGUUACAUUUUUACAAACUAGAAUUAGCUGGAAAUUAUUAUAUAACCAAUAGACCAGUAAGGAUCUGCGAAAAAACGUCUAUUUUUGGAUGUGAGAGGUGGCAUUCGGAUUUUUGCAGAUAAAGUUAGGUGACACCUUCAGUAAUAAUAAUUGACUUAUGCUCCUUCUCAAAUAUGCAUGGAACAUUAAUAAAAAAAUUAAAAUAUUUAAAAAGGGCCUAGCCGGAUAAGAUGAUGAAAAGUGCCCCCAACUCGAUUCGAAUUCCAUCAUAUAGGUCACCGUUUAGCAUAUAUAGUGAAACUAACUUUCUGAAAUUUUUAGCCCCCUAGGUGGUCAUGUGACCCACCUAGAGCCUAAUUAGGCUUUUUAUGUUUUUAUUUUUUAUCUCAGCCGCAUCGAGAACUAGCGAAAAACUUUAAAUAAAAAAUUUGUAAGAUUUAAAAGGUUCUGUGCGAAAUUUUUUUUUAAUUUUUGGCGGGAAAUUUAAAUAUUAAAACGAUUUUAAAAUUUUAAAUGAGUAUAAAAAAAUAACUAAGACAUUCGUUUUCACGAAAAAAAUAUAUAACGUGUAUUUUUGCAUAAUGUUUCACCCUGAAUUUUUUCAAAUUUUUAAAAUUGGUGAAACGCACCUUUAAAAAUAAAAAAACGCAUUUUUUCGGUUUUUUUUUCGUUUUUUGAUACAAUUUUAUACAUAUUUUUCAAAAAAGGUAACACCGACACUGGAGUGGGUAAAAAACUGAAAAAUAAUUGGGGUUUGCUUAAUAAAAAUUUUUUGUGACGCCAUCCAUUUUCAAGAUACAGGGCGUUGAAGAAAACAAAAUGUUACACAUUUUUUACGAUUUUGCCGAAACUACUGGCAACAUAAAUUUGCAAUCUAAAUGUUUUUAAAAAAGUUCAAAUUUUUUAAAAUCUUUCUGAACAAAAAGUAGACCACUUAGAAGUUGGCUAAUUUUUUUACAUAUAAAGAGGUGCUCUACCUAUCUAAUACACUUUACAGAAUUAAAAUCGGAUUAUGUAAGGGGCCCCAGCAAUGUUUUAAAUUUAUAAACAAUUUUUUGGCUUAUAAACAAAUAGCUUUGUUUAAAAGGAAACAGUAGCGAUCAACAGGUAGCAAAAACGCCUUCCAAGAUUGCGGCUGUAAUUUUGAAUAUUUUUUCGAGAUAUUUGGCACACAUAUUCGUAAUACAAUAAAGAGUGGCGGUACAGAGCCCAAUUGGAAGAAUAUAUUAAUAUGUGG